AUGCGUGGUGGGGUGAUCAUCCCCCCCCGAGCAAGCUGCUGGCAGACACGUGAAGGUCGCUCCCGGCGGCGAGCUGUGUGCCUGGAGCCCGGCAUGGAGGCCUCGUCCCCCGCGGGCCUGGGCGCCACUGACCCGCAGCUGCAGCAUUUCAUCGAGGUGGAGACCCAGAAGCAGCGCUUCCAGCAGCUGGUGCAUCAGAUGACCGAGCUGUGCUGGGAGAAAUGCAUGGACAAGCCUGGGCCCAAGCUGGACAGUCGGGCAGAGACCUGUUUUGUGAACUGUGUUGAGCGAUUCAUAGAUACCAGUCAGUUUAUUCUGAACCGGUUGGAGCAGACACAGAAAUCCAAGUCAGCCUUCUCAGAGAGCCUGUCUGACUGAGCAGGGUAUGGACUUCUCUGUUCCCUUAAUACAGAGAACUGCACAUCAAAUGGGAGAGAGAGAGGAAAAGGAGAGCGGCUGAUGGGACAGCUAUAGAAGACAAGCUGUGGGGAGGUUGGCUCCUUCCUCUGUAAGAUUCUAGAGUGUCCUGUCAUCUGAAUGAGCUGAGAUCAGCUUUUUGUUUUGUCCUUUAAAAUGCCAAUCUUGUGAAAAUCACAGCUAGACAAGAGAGCCUGUAACAGAUGCAUAUUUACUACUCUACUUGGCGGUGUACUGUUCUCAUUCCCACUGACUACCUUUCAUAUACUGGCUUCAUACUGGGAUUGUGUGGACAGAACUUCUUAGGUCAAGCACACUAACUCCAAAAUGUUUAACGGGGGGAGCACACCAAGAUGUCUAGGAGGAAGUAUUCAAGUACUGGAGACAGUGGGGAAUGAAACACUAAGUGAAGAUUAGGAAGGGGACCACUACCUUAAAUGGUCCUGUAUUCAGAAUAGUUUUUUGAUUAACCCUCCACUAAGAGACUAGUGAAUCUUGGUCUUAGAACCACACUGCAGCUGAGUUGAUCUGUGCCUUCCACAUGCCUGUGAAGCAUUGCUAGGGGAGGACAACAGCUUGGGUUGCAGGACUGUACCACUCUGUCCUUUGAGAGAAGAAUUUGCCUAAGGAUGUAGCUAUGGGAAGAGAUUUUAAGCCUCAUUUAAGAUAGUCAGUCAUGUGGCCAAGUAACAGUUGUUUCAAUUAGAAGUGCAACAUUGUUAAAAUUGAUUUGUUCCAUAAACUGCUUUCUCCUGAUCACUGGAAUAAAUAUUAAUUGGAUCAAUUUUUUAAAAUUAGCUUGUUGUGUUUAGGUAGGAGGGCUGGUGGGGAUGUCAGACCUACCUUUCACAUGGGGUGCAGCCUCUCUGCACAUUCCUUGCCUCCUCCAUUUUGUUCACCAUAAAAUAAUUUUUGGGCAGGGAGAGAAUAUGCAGGCUAGUUCUUACAGUUAAACACAAUGGAUCUGUUCUGACUAGAAAGCCUGUAUAUCCUAUUGUGAACUCUGAUUUGCUGUUCGCGGUGGUCUUUCAUGGCCUCUGGGACUGGAUCAGCUCCUCUGCCAACUAAAAAACAAAGAAAGUCCACUUCAUCCGUAAAGCAGAUAAAAUGGUGCAGAUUUCCUUAGGCAAAAACCUCUCUCAUCUAACCAGACUACUACCUCUUGUAAGAAGGAAAUUUGUUCUCAUGACCAUUAGAUCCUCUGUGCCUUUGUAGAGAUUCACCCAACAAGAGGAGUGAUUCUAGUUGGGGUUUCUGAACCAAACAUCUUUUCCCACAGGAAAUAGACCUUCCAUCUCCUCUUAUACAGGUUGCUGAAAAAUCAGCAACUGAAAAGCUUAGGUGUGCUAUUACUCUUCCCUGGAAACCCCAAAUAAAUUAUUGAAAUCA